CUUUGAGUCUCCAGUUAUCUCUGAACUCCACAUCGAAGGAUUUAGAAGAAAUGGUCAAGAUGGAAGCUGAGGAUCGUGUGGAGGAAAUGUCCAGUACCUUCCCCGAGCAGGACAUUGGUGAGAAAGUGAAAGAAGAAUACUCUAUGGAAUUAGACCGUGGCUCCCCUCAGGAGAAGCCGAGUAGUGCUAGAGAGCGGAGGAGAGAAGCAGUGGUGCAGACAGAGGAGACCCGAGCAGCUUCGUCCCUUUCCGUGUCCCAAGAGCCGCCUGAAGAGGGGAGUCCAAGCGGAGAGGCAAGCAGAGGAUUGCCCAGAGGUACUCCGUCCUCCGUGGAGCAGGAGACGGUGCUCAGCAGGCCUCCAGGGAAGGCUGAGGACUCGGCCAUUGCUGACAGUCAGUCUGUAGGGACCCCGGCAGGACCAGACACUGGAGGAGAGAAAGACGGGCCUGAGGAAGAAGAGGAGGAGGACUUUGAUGACCUCACCCAAGAUGAAGAAGAUGAACUGUCGUCGGCUUCGGAGGAGUCCGUGCUUUCUGUCCCGGAGCUCCAGGAGACUAUGGAGAAACUGACUUGGCUGGCUUCUGAAAGGAGCAUGAGUCAGGAGGGUGAGUCUGAGGAGGAGAACUCCCAAGAGGAGAACUCUGAGCCAGAAGAAGAAGAGGAAGAGGAGGCCGAAGGGAUGGAAGCCUUGCAGAAGGAGGAUGAAGUGAACGAUGAAGCAGUUGGAGAUGCUGCUGAGAAGCCCCCUUCUACCUCGGCCUCACCCAAGACUGCUCCAGAAGUGGAGAGCAGCAUAAGCCCCGCAGGUGGGACUGUCCACAUGCUGAUAUGCCCACAUAUGAGCACCUGGUGUGAUGAUAUCAUUGUGCCAACCCCACCACAUACACACAGAACAAAUACAGGUGUAUAUAACAGCGUUUGUGCCUUAAUGGACUUACAUGGACCUGUCACAUGUGUAGAGAGCAGCAAUUACUGUGUUGAAAGUAGCUGUAUUGGAGGUAACACUAUACUUCAUGAAUUGUAAUUACUGGACAAAUAUAAAAUCAUGUAUCGUAUAAUCAUCAACUACUAAAUAAAAGUCUGUACCAUGGGAACUUCA